AUGUCCGAAAUCAACGUCGCCGCCAUCGUUACUCCCAAGCCGGAGAAAUUCGAAGAGGCUGCUGCCCUCAUCACCGAGGUGAUCCAAAAGGUGCAAGCGAACGAACCCGGCACUCUCCUCUACUCGGCCUUUCCGGUACAAGGUAAAAAGGAGAUUGUGAUUGUCGAACGAUACAAGGAUCAAGCUGCGGUCAAGGCACACACCAAAACCCCAUACUUCCGCGAGUUCUCGACCAAGAUUGCGCCGUUGUUGGCCAAGCCUACCGACAUUCGAGCGGGGUCAUUCUUGAACGGCGCCCGGGGAGUUGCGCGGCUCUUUGACAACUACACGGCCAGUGUGAUGGUGGAUGGUCGACCCAUCAGCUUGGGACUUUGGGAUACCGCUGGACAGGAAGAUUAUGAUCGUCUGAGACCGCUGUCGUACCCACAAACCGACGUCUUCUUGAUCUGUUUCUCAAUCGUCAGCCCUCCAUCAUUCGAUAACGUGAAAGCCAAGUGGUUCCCCGAAAUUGAACAUCACGCGCCCAAUGUCCCUAUCAUUUUGGUCGGUACCAAGCUCGACUUGCGUGAUGACCGCGCCACAAUCGAAUCUCUGCGUGCUCGCAAGAUGGAACCGGUUUCAUACGAGCAGGCUUUGGCCGUCGCCAAGGAAAUCCGUGCACACAAGUAUCUGGAAUGCUCAGCUCUGACCCAGCGCAACCUGAAGAGUGUCUUUGACGAAGCCAUCCGGUGA